UUUCUCUGUUACACCAACCGGAAGUUAGGGAAAUGGAGGCGGUGUCAGGGAUAAUUGUUUAUGAGCGAUCAUCUCACUAGUAAUACUAAAUAACGGACUCGUCAAGUUACUUGAAACGGGUUUAUUUGAACCUCGUUGAAUGGUAAUGCUCGGAGCGGAUCAAUCUAACUUACUCUAUCUGAACUAGCGAAGAUGACCGCCGCCAGUCAAGCAGAGAGAACUGUGCUGGAGGAAGAAUUUAAUUGGCUGCUUAAAGAAGAGGUGCAUGCAGUGCUGAAACAGCUGCAGGAUAUUUUGAAGGAGGCAUCGAGGCGUUUUUCAAUGCCAUCACCAAGUCUGGAAGGACAACUGAAACCAGAGAAUUUCAUUCUGGGCAGUUCCACGAUGGACCAAGUUAAAGGAGUCUUGACGCUACAUGGAGAAGCUCUAACUCAGGCUGAUAUUAAUAUCAAAGUUGCAAAAAGCAGUCAAGUCAUGCACUUUGCAUUCCGAGAUGACAAACAGUGGAAAUUGCAGCAGAUUCAGGAUGCUCGGAACCAUGUGAACCAGGCUCUUCAGUUACUAAGCAGCCGUGAUGAGAGUUAUUACUUCAAAACUGGAGCUGAAGUUAAUAAGCUUAUGGAUGCAGUCAUGCUACAACUGACCCGUGCCCGUAACAGACUCACUACCCCAGCCAGCAUGACUCUUCCUGAGCUAGCCUCCAGUGGCUUAAUGAAAAUGUUCACACCUCCGAUGCCUGGGGACGUUAUGGUCAACUUCUAUAUUAAUCUCAGCAAACUGUGUCUGACGGUGUACCAGCUUCAUGUACUGCAGCCUAACACUACUAAGAACUUUAAACCAGGCGGAAGUUCAGUGCUGCAUAAUCCAGGAGCGAUGUUUGAAUACAACAACACUAAGUUUGAGGUCAGUCAUGUGCAUAAAGUGGAGUGUGUGGUGCCGUGGCUCAAUGACACUCUGGUGUUUUUCACCAUUUCACUGCAGCUCUGUCAGCAGCUCAAAGAUAAGAUUUCUGUGUUCUCUAGUUUCUGGAAUUACAGACCCUUUUAAGCUAUAUGUCCGACCAAAAUUGUUACAGUGAAUGUUAAAUACAAACAUAAAAAUAUAUAUGUAACUAGGAUG